AGGCUCUAUCGCUGGAUGCCCCAACGUGGCACCCUCCCGGUUUGCUGGGAAGAAAACGACAGGCCAGUUCUCCGGGAAACUCCCAGCAUGAAGCUUCUCACUGCUGUCCUGUUCCUGGCCGUGCUAGGCUCCAAGGCCUCUCCCCUCGGCAAGGAACCCACGCCAAGGCUGGACCAGGUUGCAGACGCCAUCGAACGUAACUUGGAGCAACUUACCAGAAUGACCGUGGAGCUGAUCCAGAAAUCUGAGCUGGGCCAGGAGAUCGAGGAGUGGAGACUCUAUAGGAAAAUUAAUAACUUCUUUGAUGACCUAAACCGUAAGGUGCCCCCCAAGGCCCAGGAGCAGCUGAGGAACCUGAGCAGGCCGGUGGAAGAAAGUGUGACAAUGCUGUGGGAACUGGAGAGGAAGGUGCAGCCCUACAUGAACCAGCUGCGUGAUGUCCUGGUGUCCUACACCGAGGGGCCGCUGGAGAUGGUGGAGCACUACAGCAAGACCCUGCUUGGUAGCCAGGCGUACAGCAACGUCCCGUCUCGGGUGGAGCUGCAGGAGCAGCUGGGCUCCUAUGCCCAGGAGCUGGGGCUGCAGGAGUUCGAGCGCAGUCUGGCAGCCUACACCAGGGACCUGCACCGGAAGCUCAGCCCCUAUGCUGAGGACUUGCAUGGCUGGCUGAACUCCCGCUGGGACGCCUUCAUGCAAUGCUUCAGUGAAGAGACCGGUGGGGGUGCCUCAUAGGCCCUGUCCAUACCUGGAGCCCAAGGCGAUCCCCCAGGAUUGAGGGGGACAGCUCCGCUGUAAGGCACCCCGCAGCAGGCUCCCUGCCCCAUACAGCCGUCCAUCGCUCAAUAAACCAGCUGUUUAAUCAUGCA